AUGGAACCAGUAGGAAUAAUAGUUUCUGAGUGGCACAGACGGGCAGUAGCUGAACUGAGAAAGAAAGUCACUGUGACUAAAAAUAUGUGGGAGGCCCAGGUUUUUGUUGAAAAGUUUGAAGGUGCUCUUGGAAAAGGAAAAGGGAAAAAAUUCUACGCAUACAAAGUGAUGAUGACUAAGAAAUGGAUGAAAUUUCAAAGAGAUUUUGAGAAUUUUAAGACAGCCUGCAUACCCUGGGAAAUGAAGAUUAAGGAGAUUGAAAGUCACUUUGGCUCAUCAGUAGCAUCUUACUUCAUAUUCUUGAGAUGGAUGUAUGGAAUAAACAUGAUUCUCUUUGGACUGACCUUUGGACUCGUAAUGGUGCCUGAGGCUUUGAUGGGGAAGCCAUAUGGCUCUUUACCUAGAAAAACUGUCCCAAGAGCUGAAGAAGCAAGUGCUAUGAACUUUGCUACUCUCUGGGAUUUUAGUGGCUUUGCACAGUAUUCUGUACUAUUUUAUGGUUAUUACAAUAACCAGAGGACAAUUGGGUGGCUCAAAUUCAGGAUGCCUCUUUCGUAUUUCCUUGUUGGAGUUGGGACUAUUGGCUACAGCUUUAUGAUUGUCAUUCGAACAAUGGCAAGGAAUGCAAAUGAAGAAGGUGGUGGGGAUGAUACUAGCUUUAAUUUCAGCUGGAAAAUGUUCACAAGCUGGGACUACCUGAUUGGCAAUCCUGAGACAGCAGAUAAUAAGUUUGCCUCCAUCACAACAAGCUUUAAGGAAGCUAUCGUGGAGGAGCAGGAGAGCCGAAAAGAGGAAAAUAUUCACUUGACUCGAUUCCUGAGGGUUCUUGCUAAUUUCUUAGCACUAUGCACGCUUGCUGGAAGUGGCUACCUCAUCUUUUUUGUUGUCAGAAGAUCCCAGAAAUUUGCCCUGGAAGGUCUGGAGAACUACGGGUGGUGGGAAAGAAAUGAAGUGAACAUGGUUAUGUCACUUUUAGGAAUGUUCUGUCCAACUUUAUUUGAUGUAAUCAGUUCUCUGGAAAACUACCACCCUCGAAUAGCUCUAAGAUGGCAGCUGGGACGAAUCUUUGCUCUUUUUCUUGGCAACCUCUACACUUUCAUUAUUGCCCUGAUGGAUGAAAUCAAUCUCAAGUUGGAAGAAGAAAAGAUAGUCAAGUAUAACAUGACAAUAUGGGAAGCCAGUCUGUACAAUGGUACUAUUCCAGAAAAUUCAACUGCUCCUCCAAUACAAGUGGACCCUGCAGAUGUGCCCAGAGGACCAUGCUGGGAAACAAUGGUAGGACAGGAAUUUGUGCGGCUGACAGUCUCUGACACGAUGACAACAUACAUCACAAUUCUAAUUGGAGAUUUCUUGAGAGCUGUCUUUGUUAGGUUUUUCAAUUACUGCUGGUGCUGGGACUUGGAGUACGGAUUU